AUGGCCUACCUCAACGAAGCGGACUUGAACACUCCGCAUUGGCAGGCGGCGUUCUACGGGGCGCCGUACGCUCGCCUCCGCGCCGUCAAGGAGAAUUACGAUCCCGACGGGAUCUUCAACGGCCGCACGGCGGUGGGGAGCGAGGCCAUCUUGCAGCUCUUCCCGGGAGUAUUCUUCUAUAAGGCUUGCAACAGCAGAUAA